ACAAUAGGAACUGAAAUGUUAUGAAGAAAAUCUAGCUAGUUUUUAAAUGAAUUUCUUAUUUUGUAUGAAUUGAGAAGAGAAAAAAAUGGGUUCAAACUUGGGCGAAAAGUGUCGUCUGUGUUUUUCUACUGGAUUUUUUCACAUAAAUUUAUUCACAACAUCGCAACGUGUGAUUGAGUCCAUUCGUGAAAUAUUCCGUAGUGAGGUCGAUGAAUUUGAUGCACUGCCCAAUUUUGUAUGUGUGGAUUGUUGGUUGAAGAUGAAGACAUUCUAUGAAUUUUAUCAAAAGGUGAUUGCCGCACAGAGACAAUUUCUUUCGGAUGGCAUAGUUCCUAUUAAGAUCGAAUCGGACCAUGAAGAACCGGUAUUUAAUGAAACCAAUUAUGACGAUCUCUCAAUUCCGGAAACACCAAACGAAAUCGAAAUGAAGUACGAUGAAAUUGAGCAAAAUACGGAGAGUGUUGUGUUUCACGAAGAAUUGAGAACUGAUCGUUUUGGUAGUGAUAACGGAGAUGAUGAUGAAGAAGAUGGUGACAGUGAUGCCGAUUUUCAAGAAGAUCAUUCGGACAGCGAUGAAUCAUUCAAAGACGAUAGCGAAACCAUUGAAGAUGCCGAUGAGGCCGAUGAAUAUACACCGACGAAAGCAUACAAAAGAAAAGAUUUAGACACCGAACAACCGAAACGAAAGCGAGGCCGACCAAGAAAGUAUCGAACACAAGAAGAACGAAAAGAAGCCAAUAGACGAAAGGCGCUCAAUUGGAGAGCAGGCAAAAUUUACAAGUGUCCACAUUGUGUGAAAACAUUUACUCGUCGAACUCGGAUAUCCGUUCAUAUAAGACUACGGCAUGGAUUCGAAUGUGCUGCAUGUAAUCUCAAGCUUCCGUCUGAACAAAAGCUAAAGCAACAUUCAAAAAUUCAUGAAACAGAUUUCGAUGCUAAACUUCGUCAAAAACUUAAUGAAAUAAGUUCGAUCGACACGAACGAUGUGGAAUCAGAUGAAAAAGAAAAGAUAUGGCAACAAUUCGAUCGAAAAUGUGAUGAAUGUCCGACUGAGUUUAACGCACUCAAUGAAGCACAAGUGCAUUACCUAAACGAGCAUAAUAAUAAUAGGGGAUAUAUCAAGUGCUGCGACAUGAAAUUACGCGAAGAACACAUGGUGAAGGAGCACAUUGCUUAUCAUAAGAAUCCAGAAAUAUAUUACUGUUUCGUGUGUGAUUUAUCGAUCAAAGUGAAAUCAUAUUUGCGAAAUCAUCUCAAGAACCAUAUUGUUGAUCUGUUGGAAAGUCCAAAAUAUGUUUGUGAUAUUUGUAAUAAACAUUUUGCCACUAAAGCGAAUGUAAUGUAUCACAAGGCUGAAACGCACACAACUGAAAAAAUCAAAUGUGAAAUUUGUGCGAAAACACUAUUUAACGAAGCUCAGAAGGAAAAGCAUAUGCGAAAUAUACACGAAACAAUGUCUCAACAGCAGCUGGACUAUGUGAUCAAUCAUUUUGAUAUGUCAUGUGAUCAGUGCGAGGUGAUGUUUGAAUCGUUUUCACAUGCAAAGCGACACUAUUUAAGUGAACACAGUGAACCAAAAGGCUACAUUAAAUGCUGUAAUAAAAAAAUGAAAACAUUGGCCGCAAUAGACAGUCACAUCCAAUGGCACCAUCAUCCAGAGAGUUUAAGGUGUCCAAUUUGUGAUAAAUUAUUCAAUCUCAAGGAUCAUUUCAAAUGCCAUGUUCGCCGUCACAACAAAGUAUUUACCUGUGAAGUGUGCGGUAAGAGUUUUAAACGGCAUACAACACUUGUUGGCCACCGAAAAGCCGUACAUGAAAGUGGACCAAGAGAUUUUCAAUGCAACUUUUGUGGUUUACGGUUCUUAACCGAAGAAAAACGUGAUGGUCAUGAGCAAUUGAUUCACUAUGGGAAUACAACGGGUGCUCGCAUUGUUUGUGAUGUUUGCGGUAGAGGAUUUUCACAAACGAGCCACUUACAAAAACACAUUCAGGCACAUCACUCGGAUGAUCCACAAAAGCGUGCGAAAAAAGAUGAGAACAAAAGUGAAAUGUGUACAAUUUGUGGUUUAUGGUUAAGCAGUCGAUAUCGUUUGAAAUUGCAUCGCAAAUGUCACCCGAUCGAACUGAAUAGAUGUCAAGAAUGUGGAUUAGAAGCACCAAAUCAUGACGCGCUACUCGGCCAUAUCCGAGCAUUCCAUGAAAUUCGGCGCAAACAUAAAUGCCGAUUAUGUGACAAAUCAUUUAAUAAUGCCGACGAGUUGCAGGAACAUUCAACAUGUCAUGCAACGGAAAAACUCUAUCGAUGCGUUUAUUGCCUGGAAGCAUUUGUGUGGAGAAGGAGUCUGGAUGCACACAUGAAAAAAUUACAUCCACUUGAAUGUGAAGGUGAAAAAGCGACCGAAAGCAAAAUUGAAGAUCAAUCGACUUGAUUUUUAUCAUUUUAUUUAAUUGUAAAUUAUUUAUAUUAGUGAUUGUUCAAAAUAGCGUAUUUUUUUUGUCUGAAACAAUUUAACCCUCCUAGGUAUAGAGGCGGUCCAUUGGACCGAAAUUUUUGAAAAAAUUGAAUAAAAAUCGAAGUAAAUUAAAAAAAUUCAAAAUUUCUCGGGCAGAUUAUUCGUACAGAAGAUUAUAAUUCAUGUGCAUACUGUUUCUAUCAUAAAAUAAUUGUAUAUGUUGUGGACAUUUGAUAAAACCAAAUCUCACCUAGAACGUAUAGUGGCGGUCCAUUGGACCGCCCAUACAAAAUGCAUGAAAACCUCAUAUAAACAGUAAAAAAUAAAACAAUUCAAAACUGUCAACAGUGCACAUUCUGAAUUUUGCGUUAUAAAACGGUGCAUAUAGAGUAGAUUCAGCAAUGUAGCAAAGAAUAAAAAAGAAAGAAUUUGUGUAUAUGUGUAUAUAAGCUAAGAAACACAAACAUGAUUCGUUCGCUGUCGAUCAAAAGUGUGGGUUCUGAAGAUGAAAUCAAUACAUUUUAUAACAGCACAAAAGGUGGCGUUGAUCAUUCAGAUAAACUGUGUCAUAGCUAUUCAUGUCAACGAGGCAGAAAUCGUUGGCCUUUCUUCAUGAACUUGAUCAAUGUAUAUGGACUCCACAUUGUGGACUCGCUGCGUUCAUUGUUUAUAAUGCAAAACAUGGAAUUACACGAGAUCGAUAUUCAUUUCAACGCAAGAAAUUUUUGAUCGAAUUAUCAGAAGCAUUGGUGUAUGAUCAAAUAGCACGCAGAUCUACUAAUGGAUUUAAUAAAGCGCAUCGAGCUGUACUCAGCACAGUUCAACAGCACCGUCAACUUCAACAAAGCAAACCAAACAAGAUAAAAAAAGUGUAUGUCAUUUAUGUCCCACUAAAAUCAAUAGAAAGACGCGAACACAGUGCAGCAAAUGUAUGAAAAAUGUUUGUGGUGAACAUUCCGAAAAAAUUGCGAUGUGUACGAACUGCACCAAAAAGCGUCCGUAUGAACUGCAUCAUCAGAUUCCAAUUAAUUUUGUCAUAAAUUAUUUAUUUUCAACUUUUUUUCCCAUUUGAAAAAAA